AUGGUGGUGAAGAGUAAGGUGGUUUCCGAGCAUGUGGGAGACCUUGGGGAUAUUUUUGAAAUACUAAGGAAACACAAACUGCGCCUUAAUGCUUUCAAGUGCUCCUUCGGCAUGGGAUCAGGCAAUUUUUUAAGCUAUAUGGUCAUUAAUCAUGGAAUUGAGGUCAACCUUGAUCAGGUUAAGGCAAUUAACAGUCUACAACCACCUCGUAAUCAUAAAGAAGUCCAAAAGCUAACUAGAAUGACUGUUGUCCUGAACCAGUUUAUCUCUCGGUCAACGGACAGAUGCAGACCCUUCUUCCAACUAUUGAAUAAGUGGAAGGGAUUUGAGUGGACCAAGAAGUGUGCCUUGGCCUUCCAGCAGCUUAAGGAAUACCUUUCUCGGCCACCUGUCAUGUCCAGGCCUGAGGUGGACGAUGUCUUGUUUGCUUACAUUGUAGUGGCUUCCCAUGCUGUAAGCUUGGUGCUGAUACGAAUUGACAAUGGUGUGCAGAUGCUAGUUUAUUAUCGAAUCAAAGGGGGAUCCAGAGUGGGAUUAGUUUUAAUAUCUCCUGAGAAGAUCACUAUUGAGAAAUCCUUAAGACUAGGCUUCUUGGCCACAAACAAUGAGGCUGAAUAUGAGGCUCUAUUGGUCGGGAUGACCAUGGUUCAGAAAAUGGGAGGAAAGGUAGUAGAAAUAUUCUUAGAUUCAAGAUUGAUCGUAGGCCAGGUGAAGGGAGAGUUAAAGGCUAGCGAUGGGAGAAUGUAA